UAGGGUGACCCGAGAAAGAAUUCCCAAAAUGGGUGACAAGAGAAAGAAGCAGCGUCGUCUGCAGGACUCGUCGACCUCCUCAUCCUCUUCGUCUUUGUCGGACUCCGACCACUCUUCGCGGCGGCGGCGACGGCGGCGCGAGAAGGAGAGGCGCAGAAAGAGCGGGGAGAAGGAGGAGCGAAGGAGAAAGAGGAGAGACAAAGAGAGGAAAAAGAGGAAGAGGCUCCAUGAUUCGGAUGACUCUUCCAACUCUUCGGAGGAUGAAGACGAGCAACCUAGGGUUCUGCCCGAAACUGUGAUAACUGAAAUGAUGAGAGAGUUCCCUAACGUCGGCAACGAUUUGAAGCAGCUUUUGCAAAUGAUUGAUAACGGACAAGCUGUUGACAUAAAGGGUAUAUCAGAACGAUCUUUGGCGAAGCAUUUGAAGAAGCUGUUUCUUUCGUUAAACCUCAAGGAGAAUGGAGAUAGGGUUUUCUUGCUAUCUUCUAAAGGUCGCCCAACUUUGGAUGUUCUUGGCCCACUCAUUCACUCCUACACAAUUCCCAUAAAUGAGCAAGCUGAAGCUUCUGCGCCGGUGGUGCCUGCAUCCAAUUCAGUUACAGUGGAUGCUGGAAAUGAAAAGAUGGUGGAUGACCAUGUGAUCGCAUCACCAGAUGAUCAUUCUGUCGGUCCAAGGAAAAGGAUGAUUGGCCCUGCAAUGCCAUCAGCUGAAUUACUGGCUGCCGCUGCCAAAUUAACAGAGGCGCAGACUGAGCUCAGAGAGGCCGAAUUGGAUGAUGAUAGUGAACUAUUUAUUGGACCUCCACCACCAGCUAUGGUUACUGAAGCAGAAUCAGCUAAUGAAGCAGAACGUUUUGAAGAGGUGACCAGAAUAAUGGAAGUUGAGGCUGAUAGCCCAUAUGAUGUUCUAGGAGUCAAUCAUAAUAUGUCCGAUGCAAAUGUAAAGAAAAGGUACUGGAAGAUAUCACUAUUGGUUCAUCCAGAUAAAUGCUCUCAUCCGCAAGCCCACCAGGCUUUCAUUAAGUUAAAUAAAGCUUUCAAAGAGUUACAAGAUCCAGAAAAGCGGAAAGCAAUGGAUGAGAAAAUCAAACUCAAGCAAGAACAAGAGGAAUUGAAGGCUGAACUUAAAACCAUGCGUGAAGCUGCAUUGUGGAGAAGAUCUCAAGGUAUUUCCAUGGAGGGUGAUGAAGAACUGCUGGCAGAGACAGAGGUUAAAGUGGAGCCUAAAAGGGAAGAGUGGAUGACAACACUUCCACCGGAAAGGAAACCUGGUGGUGUGACUAUGCAAUCAACCAAGUUUAGUAGGGGCCCAAAGGAAGGUAGAGGUGAUACUAGUGUUUGGACAGACACCCCUUUGGAUAGGGCCCAGAAAGCAAAGAUGAAUUAUUUGGAGGCAUACAAUGAAGCUACUACACUAGCUUCAAAUGAUGAGGAUAAGAAAAGGGCCAGUGAGGAUGCAGACUUGGUGGACAAAUACAAUAAAGCAAAACGGUCAAAAACAUUGGUGCAGAAACAUCAAGAAGAGGUGGCUAACAAAUCCAAGAAAAAGUCUAAGCAAGUGAAGCAACAGCCAGGGAAGCAAGAGUGGAUGGGUGAACAUCCAUGGAAGCCAUGGGACCGUGAAAAGGAUCUGACAGCUGGAAGGAAAAGUGUAAAUUUUGAUUCAGAAAGCAUGACUAAGGAUUUAUCUUCAAGGUUUUCUUCUGGAAACUUUCAGAGGAACUUCCUUUGAUUUGACCGAGUUCGCGUUCUGUUUGCUGACCUCUUUUACCUGGACAAUAACUGUUUAAUGAGCUUCUUUGAGAAUCUGUAUUUUUCUUUUUCCUGAUGUAGCCGCUUGGUGUUGAAUACGGUCAUGUGCUCUUCUAGGGAGAAUUCUAAUUAUGCAAUUGCACCACUGGCGAAUAUUAUCUGAAGGAGUUUGUAUAAUAAAUGGCCCUGUGCGUAUUUUUUUAAUCCUGUAUAUUUAAUUGUCUAUCAAGCAUGCUUGUCAGAAGCAUCGCUUUUUGUGGCACAUGUAGUUAUAGCUUCAGAAAUAGUGGAGAUGGUAGUACGGCAUCCGCGGUAAAAGUUUAAGAAUUGUUUAUAUAUCUAAGUUACAUUAGCAGUGUCAUCUUUUCAAAGGAGGGUUUUAUCUAGGUUAUGUGUGAACUAAUAAUCUUUUUGGUUCUUUUUUUAGUCAUAUACUUGAAGCUUUA